AUGGUUAUUGAAGAAAAUUGUGUAGAUGAGGUGUAUUUGAAGGGAAUUCGAUGUAGGCAUUCUCAUCUGAAUGACCUCCUCUCCGGGCGUAGCGAGUUCAGUCACCUCUUUAGUAAUUUGGUAUAUAGAGCGACACAGAUAUACUUAUCUUGGACAAUCAGUGACUUUGCUUUCAUCGGAAACUAUUCAGUACACGGCAGUGUGGUGAAGAUUAUUGGGGUUAAAUACCGCUUGAUAGUUGGAGGUUUAAGUCUGCGUUUUCAUCCUACAUACAACCCCUACGUUUCACUAAAUAAAUUAAUCUCUUUUUUUCUCUAUCGUCAGGCGGUGAACAUCGAAGAGCUGACACUACAGAGCGUUGUUAGGAAGAAGAGGCAGGCUGACGAUGGACAAAACGCUGGAGUGCCUAUCUACGAGCAAGCUUAUGGCCUCCCGCCCCGCUCCACCGCCAAGGGCCUCCGCCUGUACGGGGACUUCCUCGCCGGCAGCGCCAGCGAGUCGCCCGAACUCGGCCCCGAGGUCACCGAGUCGCCCAUCAAGCCGUAUCACAGGGAUGGUGUACUUGACCCAACCGGAGCUAUUGUCUUACCGAUGAAUGAAAUAUCGAGUAUGUGGGUGCCUAAGGAGCGACGCCGGUAUUCCUCAGGCAAACUCUCCUCCAGGAACCUCGGGAACGAACUGGACGGCAGCGAGGAAUCCGACGCAGAGGUGAUCCGCGAGGCCGCUCGGAGCCAAGUUCUAAGGAGGAGGUCUCGCGUUAAGAGUCUCCAAGGGCCGGGCAGGAGUGUGCGCCGCCGCCAGAAGUCUCGAACACCCUCUAACACAAAACCUGCCCCUGUCUUCUUCCGCGAGGGCUUGGUCAAGCAGGACAGAGCAGGCAAGAAGAUCCCGAGGAAGAAGCAGAGUCAACGCCGGCGCCGCACCAACCCCGUGGUCACCGUCGCCCACUUCGUCGCCACGCCCGCGAACAGGACCGCCCACCACCACGCAGGAGUUAGCGAAGACGUACACGGCGAGUGGUCUCCUGCCGCCUGGAUGGACAAGCUAGGUCUCAACCGCAAGUACUCUCUCAGGAGGGGCGUCGUCACGGUCAAGGAAUCUGGACUGUAUUACCUCUAUGCGCAGGUGCUGUACCAGCCUGGACGCUUCGGCAGUGGGUUCCAGGUGGUCGUCGACAGCAUCCCCAUCAUGGAGUGCACGCUGGCUCCCGCUCAGCCGUCUCCUUCUUGCCACACCGGGGGCGCCACCUACCUUCCCAGGAACGCUGCCGUCUACAUCCGGGACCUGGACCACCACAUGACCGCCGUGAAGAAUGAGGAGAACAGCUUCUUCGGCCUCGUGAAGCUGAUGGACGCCCCCGCCACGGCCGAAAAGCUCCUGCUCGGCUGAGAUCUGGAGGCCUUUCGGACACGGGCGAGGGGAAGGAAGGGAAGGGGAGGGAAAGGAAGAUUUCCGGUGGGAUGAUACGAGUGAGAGGGAAAUAAAAAAAGAAUGGAAGAGAGAGAAAUUAAGAGGGAAAUCUGUUAGUAUCUGAUACCUGAUCGAGGUGCCAGGUCUUUAGAAAAAUUAUAAAAUAUAUAUCGUAAGGCAAGUGUCCCAAGCAUUGGUUAAAGGGUUGUGAACGAAUGGAAUAUUUCCAGGGAAGAAAUAACGAUAAGGUACAUAAUUUCCCGAGGUGAUGUAAAUGAAGAAUAUUUCUUUAUAAACGCACAAUAUUUUUCAAAAAAUAAAAAAUAAAUGGAAACAAUGACUCAGCACCUCUGGCAGUCCCCUAAUGCCUAUAAUCCUUCAGGUGAGACAGAGGAAAAUAGCAAAGGAUCCUUAUAUCGUAACACUUCGCAUACUUCAUAUUGAUAUGCAAUUUCUUGGUCAUUUAAGAAUUCUUCUGAGAAAGAGUAGAAGAAAAAAUAUAUAUAUACAAUAAUACAUACAUACAUAUAUACAUAUACUUAUAUAUAUGUGUAUGUAUGUAUGUAUGUAUGCGUGUGUGUAUGUACAUAUAUUAGAGGACCUUAAUCUCACCUAAACGAGCAUAGGAUUAACACGACUUACCAGAAGAGGCUUAGAGGUUGUAACUUAGCAUAUGAAGGUUUGCCAGAAAGUCCUCCUGGAAUAAGGCAGAGAAUAUGCUGUUAUGUAUUUAUCUUUUCGUUGGGUUUUGUCCUUCAUAGGAUAUAAGAAUUGUUCAGAUGAUCAAAAAAAAAAAAACGAUAUCCC